AUGGAGGCAGCCGCUUCCACUCCUGCCUCGAGCACGAGCUCGUCCCGACGCAAAGCAUCGACGGCUUGUCUGAGCUGCAAGAUCCGAAAAUCAAAGGUGGUAUCUCCCCUCCCAACACGCCCUAUCAAAGGACUCAAAUGCAUAUACGACGCCUCUCUCGACCGAAGACGGAAAAUCCAUUGGGAACGGGCCGAGGCCGAGUCUACCCUUCAAAAGCAGCUGCUACAGCGCCUCCUCCGACUGAUCCACUCCGGAGAUGACGAUAUUCGAAAGAGACUGAAAGAUGACGUUCCGAUUCGGAUGCUCGUGCAAAGGCUCGGCAUGGACAUACCCGAACAUGCCGGCACAUCGUCGAGCGCUGAUACACCAGGGUCCUGGGCUUCAGCUCACGCCGAGAAGACAAGCCGCCAUGAGUUCGCAGAGGAUAUAAGUCAAAAGGAAGAGUUGAUUCGGCGGCAAGGAAUUUUCCCCGAAGGAGUCCACGAUUCUGGGACAAGAGCAGGCCCCUCUACCGCAUGGGCCGAUCCGGUAGGUUCGCGCGAUGACCAAUGGUAUCUGCCAAUCUUGGCCGGCGUGCAUGUGCAGAGAUCGGGGGAAAGCGACCCCAGAGACAAAUUUCGAAUCUUCUGUUCGAGGACCCACGAUACUCCCAGCGUCGAGUUCGUCAGCAUAUUCGGCGACUCCUCAUUCUUGUCCCCCGAGAUCAGGGCAAGUCAGGUUUUGACCUUGCAGCAACAGCAGACACUCAAUCUUGACAUUCCAGAAUACCUCAUCCAACCGAUGCUUUUCGAGGGAGAGCGAUGUCCGAUAGCUGCUGUAUAUACUGAUUUUCGCGACUAUGGACGUAGACAACUGGCGUCGGGAUUUCCCGUCGAAUUUGUUCUGGGGCCUCCACAGGUGGACCUCAGUCUCUAUUUCCGCAAUCGCAGGGUCGAAGACCCCCAUACACCGGCGACCUGGGCCUGUGAGUACAUGCGCCUCCUGAAGAACUUCGACACGUAUGUAGCUCUGGCAUGGAUUUUCACCUAUGCACAUUUCAUGCGCGUCAGUUUCACGGCAUACACCUCUGGGGGAAACACUCGGUUGACUGGGAACUAG